CAGUAGGUCUGAAAGAAUGCGGAGAAUGUGGAUUGUACUAAUUACCAGCCAUAUGUAGAGAAAAAAGCCUACAUUUUUGAUGGAACAUUGAAAACAUAGCUACUUAUUUAUGAACUCCAUUUUUAUUAUCAAAACCCGAUAAUGUUCAGGAACACAAUUGUUUGCUUUUUUAUUACAAACGUGUACAUUGUAUUUUGUGUGUAUUUAACGUUUAAUUUGUAUUUUGUGUUCAUAGGCGUAUGUAUUUUGUAUUCAGGAGGGAUAUACUUUUUGCAUUCAAGUUUGCAUUCAUUCAUGGUUCAUUCAUCCAACCUAAUGAUCGCAUUCGUUAUCCCUGAAGACUCCCCCCAAACCUCCGGCAGGACUGUGUGUGAGGUCCAUGCUUCUGUGAGGUGAGCAGCUCUGGGCAGGAUGGAAGAGGAGCUGAGUGGAGCAGAAGGAGAGCCAGCUGUGGCGGUGGCAGCCGAGGCUCUACCAGCACCCCGGCGAGGCAGGGGUCGACCUCGCAAACAACCGCAGGAGCCUGUCAAUCCUGCUGCUCCCAGAAGGCCAAGGGGAAGACCGAGAGGGAGCAAGAACAAGACCAAGCGUGCUAUCCCCACAGUAGAGCCACAAAGGGUAAGAAGACCUCGUGGCCGGCCAAGAAAAUGGCCUCAAACAAUUCAGCAAGAAGAACCACAACUUCAGGGAGAAGAGGCAGAGCUAGAAGAGAUCCAGCCCACACAAACACCGCCCUCACCAUUGCCAGAGGAGGAGCGUGUCUAAAACUACCUCACUGGUUGGUCUGAGACUCUAAUGUGUUUUAUAGGCUGAUUUAGACAGGUUGGCUUUUUUUUUCUGAUUUAUCAUACGUUUCUUGAUAAAAAUAUAUAAGGCUUAGGAUCUUGCCCAGUUUGAAAUGCAUUGAUUUCAGUCAAAUAUCAACAAUAACAAAACAAAUCAGGGAAACAGGACCUAUUCUAAGCAUUGUGAAAAGCAAUCAGUCUAAGGCUUUGGUUUAAUGCAUUGAAAAGGGAACAUAUCUUUUUAAGUCUAACUUAAACCACAUACAUCUAUUUAUAUACAGGAUAUACAUAUCUAAUGAUAGAAUAUCUAAAGCCACACUGUGAGAGAGAAAAGUAAAUUGGAAGUGGGCAUUUCUCUCUACUGUAUCAAUGUAGGCAUAUAGAUGUUUAAAUCAGAGCCUUUAACAUUUAUCACAACUGACACAUUUUUAUUUCAUAGAUCUGACACAUCUGAUCUGUUCUUAGCACAGAAAACCAUCAUACAGGGCCGUUUCAGGUCUAAAUGAAGCCACAUUUAUUCAUGUCAAUUAGUCUGUGUGAUUAUGAUGUUUUGUACUUCACCACUUAAUAUCUGUAAUCAUCACUUAUAUCUGUGCACUUCUUUUUUUUUCCUCAUCUGUGAAAUAUUUAAUAUUUCUUUACACUGUGAGAGGUCUGUCCAUUAGCAAUGGAAGCUUGUCCACAGAUAACCUUCUUCUGUUCUUCAUGGACAUGCUGACAAAAUAAUUUAUAGCGUGCAAAGGUUAGCAGUAACAUCAGUUAACAGAUGACCACCCUUAAUUAUUAUUAACACAUUUAUACUUAUAUAGAGCGAUAUUAAAGGCACAUACUAACAGCCAUUUGAAUUUUAAUUUUGCUCAGGACAUGCUCUCAGUGAUCAAAUUUAAACCAAAGACUUGAAAAUUGUAGUUUACAGUUUUUGCAGGGCUUCUUUCUCCUAUGGUUAGCCCUUGACAUGUGUUGCUUUUAUGUGCUAAUGUCAGUGUUUACAGUGGAGUGAAUAGUUGAAUAUUUAAACUGCAGUGAAAAAAGUUAAAACAUGUUUUUACAGUAAAGCAUAUUGAUUAGGGCAUUUUCUGCUGCAUAUCUGUAAAACUUGAUACAGAAUGUAUUAGACUUUGAAAUAAUUAAUUUUAGAUAUAAAAGUGAAUUUGAAACAUAAUUUUAAACAAAGUUUACUACAACAUUUACCACAAAAGUACAGCUUUGGUGGAAUUUAAAGAUGCAGUAAACAGUGGGAUACAGUACCUCAGUACAUAUACCUCCAGAUUGUGUCUUUUCCUCUACCUGGCAAGUCUGUGGAGUAUUACUUUGUUUUGUCAUUACCUACAUUGCUGUGCUUGUCUAUAAUUGUGCUGAUUUGCAGUAAGGCAUCUGUAUAGGAAUUGUCUUCCUGUGCCAUUAAUUCAUUUUAAUACUACAUAAAUUAACAGAAUUGAAUAAUGUUAUAUGCAAGGAAGAGUACAUACAAUAAGCAGUGUACACAUUGUACAUUUGUAAGAAUACAUUAACAGGAGUAAAAUUCUACACUGUAUGAAAUGUUUCAAAACAUUAUGCCUCAUAUCUCAGCUCAGGUUACUAUUCACCAUAAGAGUUUAAGAACAUAAGAGUCCCAUUCACUAACGUCAACUCAAAUAAUUAUUUUUCUUUACCUCAUUUUUAUGUUUCUUCAUGUACUAAAUAAAGUCACUGUAAAACAA